UCGAGAUGUCAAAAUUUGCGGUUGCGGGUUUGAGUGUGAGGAUCUAAACAAAAAGUACAAGGAAAAGUUGAUUUUAUUUUAAAACCGUGUGUAUAUUGAGAGUUUACAUUUGCACGGAUACUAAUAUUAUUCUUAUUGUUAUGGAUGCGCUGUUGUAUCUCGGUGCUCUGAUUCUUCUGUUCCUCGUAUGGAUCAGAAUAAAAGGGCUUGAAUAUGUUAUAAUUCACCAGCGAUGGAUUUUCGUUUGCCUUUUCCUCCUGCCCCUGUCUGUGCUGUUUGAUGCCUACUAUUAUAUUCGUGCUUGGAUCAUCUUUAAGAUGUGCUCAGCGCCGAAGCUGCACGAGCAGCGGGUCCGAGACAUCCAGAGACAGGUUCGUGAGUGGAAGAAGGAGGGAGGAAAGGCAUAUAUGUGCACUGGGCGUCCCGGCUGGCUGACCGUAUCUCUGAGGGUGGGGAAAUAUAAGAAGACUCACAAGAAUAUAAAAAUCAAUAUGAUGGAUAUCCUAGAGGUGGACACAAAAAGACAGGUGGUCCGUGUGGAGCCGUUGGUGAACAUGGGUCAGGUGACUGCCUUAUUGAAUUCCAUUGGCUGGACGCUGCCUGUAUUACCUGAGCUUGAUGAUCUCACAGUAGGGGGUUUGGUAAUGGGCACAGGGAUUGAGUCUUCAUCCCAUAUUUAUGGCCUGUUCCAGCACAUCUGUGUGGCCUUUGAGCUGGUACUGGCAGAUGGCAGUCUGGUUCGCUGCACUGAGAAAGAGAACUCUGAGCUGUUCUAUUCCGUUCCUUGGUCCUGUGGAUCCCUGGGCUUCCUGGUGGCAGCUGAGAUUCGGAUUAUUCCAGCUCGGCAGUGGGUGAGGCUCCAGUACAAGGCCGUGCGAGGUUUGGAUUCUAUCUGUAAGGUGUUUGCAGAGGAGUCCACUAACAAAGAGAACCAUUUUGUGGAGGGGCUACAGUAUUCAAUCGACGAGGCUGUUAUUAUGACAGGCGUUAUGACUGACCACGCCGAGCCAGACAAGAUCAAUCGCAUCGGUCACUACUACAAGCCCUGGUUCUUUAAACAUGUAGAGAAGUUCCUGAAGCAUAAUGGGAGUGGAGUGGAGUACAUCCCACUCAGACACUACUACCACAGACACACACGAAGCAUUUUCUGGGAGCUACAGGACAUCAUACCAUUUGGAAAUAACCCACUGUUCAGGUAUCUGUUCGGCUGGAUGGUUCCUCCUAAGAUCUCCUUACUGAAGCUGACUCAGGGCGAGACCAUUCGCCGCCUUUACGAGCAGCAUCACGUGGUUCAGGACAUGCUGGUGCCCAUGAAGCACAUGCGCACAGCCCUCUCGCACUUCCACCAGGACAUUCAGGUGUAUCCCCUGUGGUUGUGCCCAUUCAUAUUGCCGAGCCGGCCAGGCAUGGUGCACCCUAAAGGAGAUGAGGAUGAGCUAUAUGUGGACAUCGGGGCGUACGGUGAACCCCAAGUCAAACACUUUGAGGCUCGGGCUUCUACGCGCCAGCUUGAGAAGUUUGUCCGAGAUGUACACGGUUUCCAGAUGCUUUAUGCUGAUGUGUACAUGGAACGAGAAGAAUUCUGGGAAAUGUUUGAUGGUGCUCUGUAUCAUAAGCUAAGGAAGGAGCUGGACUGUGAGCUUGCAUUUCCUGAAGUGUACAACAAAAUCUCCAAAUCUGCAAGACACUAAAUUCAGUCCUAAUGGAAUAAAGGGUGAAAGUGAAAUAUAUAUUUUACAACAAAUAUUGUCCUUUCUUUUGUUUUACUGCAUACCAAAGAGAUAUUUUGUCAAUGAAAUUAUAUUUUAAUGACUCUAUUCUAAUUUUCAUAUUAAAUUUGCCAUCAAGCUCUACAGCAAAUUGUUUUCAUCCAUAUUAAAACACUUGUAUAAAGAGCUAUGUAAUGUUUGUUUUACCUCAGGCAUUAAUUCUUCUGUUGCCCUUGUGUCACUAAUGUGUCUUUUAAUUCUUCUAUUACACCCAAAUUUGUAUUUGAAUAUGUUGCUUCCAUUGUACAGUAUUAGUACAUGUAUACCACUUGAAGAAGCUAUGUUUAUUCCUUACAGACCCUGUUUCAUUUUCACCAACAUUUUCUUAAAAAUUUAAAAUUAUAUUGUUGGUUUCAAACUGUCACCCUCAUACAGUAUUGUUUUUGCAGCCAAUCUGUGUUUGUAUCCAUCCAUAGCACAUCCAAAAAGCGGAUUUUUAUGUUCACACUGGAUUUUGUCAUCAGGGGUCUGGGUUCAGUAUCCAUAACCGGGAUACAUUUUUAUUAUUUCAUUUGGUUGCUUUUCUUGUUUUGACGGGUUUGGGAUAUGUGUGUCUUGUAUAUGGUGCAAUAAAACUCAAAUUUGUCAAUA